AUGCUCCUUGAACGAACCAGCCUCAGCAGACGACAUGCCGCCUCACGAACCACAGCAGAACUCGAGACUAAGCAUGACGCCGACGCCCAACGUCCACUGACGUGCAUGUUUUACUUCUUUGCGUCUCAGAUGAAGCGCAACGUACAACGUGCCGAUCAGGAUCUCGUUCGGAGAGGGAAACUGGAGGACAAGCCAACUCACCAGCUGGAUUCCAUGAUUGCGAGACUGGGCAUGCAUGCGGCGUUUUCCCCUUUGAUCUCCAAAUUCGACACGUACCCGGUCGACAUUUCCAAUGCUGCUCCAGCUUCCCGAGAUGACGUCCACGACACCGUCAUGAUCAUGAAGUUUCGGGACAAACGGGCCCGUGAGGAAUGGAUUGCGACCAAAGAAUGGCAGGAUUUCAUGCGGGAGACGGAGGGUCAGCAGGUCUUCAGGAGGAUGCCUCAUGUUCGGUGUGCCAGUAGCCUCAGGGGGUUGAUGGAUCCAAUGGAUAUUUUGACGGCUUGA